UGAUUACCGCUUCUUAGGGACCUAUCGGAGUGUGGAGAGUUAUCUUGGGGGAGUGCAGUGUUAGCCUACUUGUAUAGGGAGAUGACAAAAAUAACACUCGUACAAAACAAAGAAUUGAAGGGCUGCCUCACUUUGCUGCAGAUAUGGUCAUGGGAGCGAUUGCAUUUGGGAACACCUGAUUUGAGGGAGGCCCGCGCUCUCGAUGGCCAUAUUCCUUUAGGCUGCAGGUAUUAUUAAGAUGCAUGUAACGUUAGUGUUUUAUUUCAAUAUAUACUAACCCGUUGUAUAUAAAAUAGAUGGAAUGUGUCCAGAUCCUGGCAAACCUUUCCAAAGGGGCAUGAAAACUUUUACAGAAACGAGCUUGAUCAGAUGGAGGAUGAGCAGGUCAAAUGGAUGCCCUACGAGCUAGUGUUGGAGUCACUACCGGAUAUUUGCCGGGAAGGUAAGGAUGUAUGGCGUGCUCGCAUCCCACUAAUAUGCUUUGAGAUUGUCGAAAUACACGUGCCUGACCGUGUGCUUCGACAAUUUGGACUACGGCAACAUAUUCCAAGGCCUGUGGAGAGAAUAGAGAGAGCUUGGAUAAAAGGUGCACAUCAUGCUAAUUGGGAAAUAAUUCGCCAAGCUUACAUCGGGAGUUGGGAUUUAAGGGAGGAACAGGUAGUGAUGGAGAGGGCUGAUGCACCUGACCUAGGUGUGUACCUAUGGUGGUAUUGGGGGAUUACUCGUCGGUGGAUAUUUCAGGAAAACAAAGCCCCGAAGGAGUACAUACCAAGAGGCCCAGUCGAGAGAGAGUUGGUAAGUGUAUAAGAAUAAUAUACAAUUAUUUUCUAAGUUUUAUUUUCUCACCAUCCACUUGAUACUAAUUUUCUUUCGGUUUUUAUUUUAUAGGUACAAGAGCUCGAAGAGCUUUCCGGAAUGGCACAUGACGCGUUGCGC